AUGAUUUCGAGCAAAAUUGCAAGCACUAUUAGAGCUUCAUCCAGACUUGCACAAGUAUCCCACCAAUUCCACUCCACGCCGCGCAGCAUGGCUACCCUAGGUGCUCCCUCGAAGAAACAUAAGGUGACGGUAGUUGGUUCUGGUAAUUGGGGAUCAACGAUAGCCAAAAUUGUUGCCGAAAACACAAAAGCGCACCCCGAAACUUUCGAAGAAGAUGUGCAAAUGUGGGUGUACGAAGAAGAAGUAACCAUACCGAAAGAGUCGAAGCAUUACGACGAGUCAUCCGGAGAUAAACCUCAGAAACUUACAGAAAUAAUCAACAAGUACCACGAGAACGUCAAAUACCUCCCAGAUAUUGCGUUGCCCAAGAAUAUCAUUGCGAAUCCUUCGGUAGAGGAAGCUGUCAAGGACUCUUCUAUCCUGAUCUUCAACUUGCCUCACCAAUUUAUUGGCCGCAUCUCGAAACAACUGGAAGGAAAGAUUCUACCUUUCGCAAGAGGUGUCUCCUGUAUAAAAGGUGUAAAUGUGACGGAGUCUGAAAUCAGUCUUUUCAGCGAGUGGAUUGGCGAAGGUUUGGGAAUAUACUGUGGUGCUCUUUCUGGAGCAAACAUUGCAAACGAAAUCGCACUUGAAAAAUGGUCGGAAACUACAGUAGCUUACGAUCCUCCUGUCAUCGACUCUCAGGCCGCGACACCAACUGGACCAUCUCCAUCUAGCUCUCAGAUCAAUCUUACCAUUACAGACACGGACAAGCAACAGGAUCUUAAAGAUUCGCGUGGCCGUACGACCAAGGCUAGACUAAGGGCUGUGCCAUCUUCGUACCCUCCUCUUGACCAUUCAGUCUUCAAAUCGCUAUUUCAUAGACCUUAUUUCCACGUGCGAAUGGUUUCAGAUGUCGCAGGUGUUUCUCUUGGUGGAGCGUUGAAGAACAUUGUCGCAUUAGCGGCAGGAUUUGUUGAAGGGCGAGGAUGGGGUGAUAAUGCUAAAGCUGCCGUCAUGCGAGUUGGUUUAUUGGAAAUGGUUGAAUUCGGCAAAGAGUUCUUCGGCCACUCUGUCCACACAGCUACCUUUACUGAAGAAAGUUGUGGUGUCGCAGAUCUGAUCACUAGUUGCAGUGGAGGUCGUAACUUCAAGUGCGCAAGGAUGGCAGCUGAGAGGAACGUCUCCGUUGCAGAGGUUGAGAAGACAGAAUUGAAUGGCCAAAUGCUUCAGGGAACAAGUACCGCUAAGGAGGUCAACAGUUUCUUGAAAGCGAGAGGAAGAGAAGAUGCAUAUCCACUUUUCAAAGCAGUGCUCGAUAUCCUUGAAGGACGAAAGACGGUGGAUGACAUUCCGGAUUUGGUGGCGAGACCUGAUGAAUGA